CGGCUUCAGUUAAAGCUUUGGCUGUUGAGACAGGAAGGUGAUGCAGAGGGUAGUUCAAUGUUGGACUGGUGUAUCACGCGUCCAUCUGCAGUACUGAUACAACAUGUUAUCUAUGGAGCACCAGCGAAUUUAAAUGCAAGGUCAAUCAAUCCGAUACUCCCGGCUGCAUACCCCGCAGACAGGAGCCACUUAGAAUCUACCACGUUAUCAAACAAUGAUAACUAG